CUGUGGAGCCCAUCCCCACUGUGCCGCGACAUGCUACAUCCCCUAUGCGUUUAGCAGCCCACACACACUCCAGAAAACACAGCCGUCUUUCUCAGAGACAGAGAGAUGACAGCGAGGAGAGACGCUGAGCAGCCGCUGAGCAGCUUUCACCCCCAGGAGAGGAAGGGAGCGGCGGAACGAGCGAAGGCUAACCCGGAAUGGUGUUAUCUCUCCCCUCGACAGGAGCCGGAGAAAGGACCGGCGUCCGCGGCGGGGAUCCAUGCCCAUGUGGUGGGGGCGGUCGCCGUCUCCGGUGCUGCGGACGAGUCCUCUGACAGCGAAGCAGAGCAGGAAGGCCCCCAGAAACUCAUCCGGAAAGUGUCCACCUCAGGACAGAUCAGGAGCAAGACGAGUAUAAAGGAGGGAUUGUUGCUGAAGCAGACCAGCUCGUUCCAGAGGUGGAAAAAGCGUUACUUCAAACUGAGAGGCCGAACGCUCUACUACGCCAAAGAUGCCAAGUCUGGCACCGCCCUGGCUCGCUGGCAGGAGCGGGCGCUGCGCAGAGUGUCCAGGAGUCGCGUGUGCUGGCGAGUUCUGGCCGUGUGCUGGACGGGCGCACGACACUCCCCCCCACCUCUGGGUGCCAGCGGAUCUGAGGAAGGCCUAGUGAGAAUUCGGUCCCUUAUCUUUGACGAGGUGGACCUAUCGGACGCCAGCGUUGCAGAGUCCAGCACAAAGAAUGUCAACAACAGCUUCACAGUGAUCACUCCCUUCCGUAGGCUCAUCCUCUGCGCCGAGAACAGGAAAGAGAUGGAGGACUGGAUCAGUUCGCUCAAGUCCGUCCAGUCCAGAGAGCACUACGAGACGGCACAGUUUAAUGUGGAACAUUUCUCAGGGAUGCACAACUGGUACGCCUGCUCCCACGCACGGCCCACCUUCUGCAAUGUCUGCAAAGACAGCUUGUCGGGGGUCACGUCUCACGGCCUCUCCUGCGAAGUGUGCAAAUUCAAAGCCCAUAAACGCUGCGCUGUCAGAGCCACUAACAACUGUAAAUGGACAACGCUGGCCUCCAUAGGGAAGGACAUCAUCGAGGAUGAGGAUGGGAUUGCUAUGCCUCACCAGUGGUUGGAAGGCAACCUGCCUGUUAGCGCCAAGUGUGCCGUGUGCGAUAAGACGUGUGGCAGCGUGCUGAGGCUGCAGGACUGGCGCUGCCUCUGGUGCAAAGCGAUGGUGCACACAGCCUGUAUGGACCUGUACCCUCGCAAGUGUCCUCUGGGUCAGUGCAAAGUCUCCAUCAUCCCCCCUACAGCGCUCAACAGCAUCGACUCUGAUGGCUUCUGGAAGGCCACUUGUCCCCCGUCAUGUGCGAGUCCCCUCCUGGUCUUUGUCAACUCCAAAAGUGGCGACAACCAGGGAGUGAAGUUCCUGCGACGCUUCAAGCAGCUCCUCAACCCGGCUCAAGUCUUUGACCUGGUCAACGGUGGGCCGCACCUUGGUCUGCGCCUGUUUCAGAAGUUUGACAACUUCCGGAUCCUGGUGUGUGGAGGCGAUGGGAGUGUGGGCUGGGUCCUCUCAGAGAUCGACAAACUCAACCUUCACAAGCAGUGCCAGCUGGGGGUGCUGCCCUUGGGCACGGGCAAUGAUCUGGCACGGGUGCUGGGCUGGGGCCCUUCGUGCGACGACGACACCCAGCUGCCCCAGACCCUGGAGAAGUUAGAGCGGGCCAGCACCAAGAUGCUGGACCGCUGGAGCAUCAUGACCUACGAGAUUAAGAUGCCCCCCAAACACAGCUGCCCCACCACGCCCGAGGGCACGGACGACUGCCAGUUUCACAUUUCAGCCUAUGAAGAAUCAGUAGCGGUUCACCUCACAAAGAUCCUCAACUCUGAGCAGAACUCCGUGGUCAUCUCCUCCGCCAAGAUCCUGUGUGAGACAGUGAAGGAUUUCGUUGCCAAAGUGGGGAAAGCCUACGAAAAAAGUACAGAGAACACGGAGGAGUGCGACACCAUGUCUCUCAAAUGCACUGUCCUGAACGAGAAGCUGGACUCUCUCCUCCAGACCCUCAACACCGAGUGCAAGGCUCUGCCCCCGCUCCCCCACGCCACUCCUCCUAUCGUGGAGGAGGAGCAGGAGGAGGAGGAGGAGGAGGAGGAAGAGGAGGAGGCCAGCGAGGAGAGCCUGACGGAGCUGAAGGAGAAGCUGGAGGAGGUGGAGACGGAGAAAGGAAGUAGAGGUGCUCCUCACCAGCUGUUCAAAAGCAGGGAGCAGAUGAUGCUCAGGGCCAACAGUCUGAAGAAAGCCGUGCGACAGAUCAUAGAACAGGCGGAGAAAGUGGUGGAUGAGCAGAACGUCCAUUCAGACGACACCGAGCUGCCGUCUCCUCUGGAGUUCAGGAAGUUCAGCGAGGACGAGAACAGAGACAGUGAGAAGGAUGAAGACACCAAGGAGCUGGAAGCAGUGACAUCUGCUAAGAGUCCCUGCUCCCCCACAGAGCGGAGGGUGAGCCGCAGCACGCAGUCCUACAGCUCCUUCACCAUCACCCCCUUCACCACCAGCAAGGAGAACCUCCCCGUGCUCAACACGCGCAUCAUCUGCCCUGGUUUGCGGGCGGGUCUGGCUGCCUCCAUCGCUGGCAGCUCCAUCAUUAGCAAGAUGCUGCUGGCUAACAUCGACCCCUUUGGUGCCACGCCCUUCAUCGACCCCGACCUGGACUCACUAGAGGGCUACAUGGAGAGGUGUGUGAUGAACAACUACUUUGGCAUCGGCCUGGAUGCCAAGAUCUCCCUGGAGUUCAACAACAAGCGAGAGGAGCAUCCAGAGAAGUGCAGGAGUCGUACUAAGAACAUGAUGUGGUACGGUGUCCUGGGCACAAAAGAGCUUCUGCAGAGAACCUACAAGAACCUGGAGCAGAAGGUCCAGCUCGAGUGUGACGGCCAGUACAUCCCCCUGCCCAGCCUUCAGGGGAUCGCAGUGUUAAACAUUCCCAGCUACGCAGGCGGGACCAACUUCUGGGGCGGCACCAAGGAGGACGACAUCUUCUGUGCUCCAUCGUUUGACGAUAAGAUCCUGGAAGUCGUGGCGGUGUUCGGCAGCAUGCAGAUGGCCGUGUCCAGGGUCAUCAAACUACAGCACCAUCGCAUAGCACAGUGUCGAACAGUGAAGAUCACUAUCCUGGGAGAUGAGGGCGUUCCCAUUCAGGUGGACGGCGAGGCCUGGAUCCAACCGCCCGGAGUCAUCAAGAUCCAGCACAAGAACAGGGCUCAGAUGCUCACCAGAGACCGGGCGUUUGAGAACACGCUGAAGUCGUGGGAGGACAAGUUGAAGUAUGAUAAGCCUCCUCUGCGGCCUCACCUCUACCCGCAGCAGUCUGUGGACCUGGCCACGGAGGAGGAGGCCGCGCUGGUGCAGAUGUGCGCCCGAGCUGCAGAGGAGCUCAUUACAAGGAUAUGUGAGGCUGCCAAGACCAACGGGCUUCUAGAGCAGGAGCUGGCUCAUGCUGUUAACGCCUCGUCUCACGCCAUCAACAAGACGCACCCCAAGUUCCCAGAGAGUCUGACCAGAAACACAGCCAUAGAGGUGGCCAGCACGGUGAAGGCUCUGUACAACGAGACCGAGUCUCUGCUGUUGGGCCGAGUCUCUCUGCAGCUGGACCAGCCGGAGGAGGAUCAGCUGUCCGGCGCUCUGCAGAGUGUGGAUUCAGAGCUGGGCAAACUGGGAGAGAUCCCAUGGCUCUACCACAUCCUGCAGCCCAAUGAUGAGGAGGUUGACUGUGCUUAUGUACCAGGACCACUCUCUGGGUUACGGCAAGAGGAACAGUCGCAGCAGCAUGUUUCGCAUCGUGCCCAAGUUCAAGAAGGAGAAGGCCGCCAAGAAGACGAGCCCUCAGUCAGUGGAGAGAUGGGGCCCAGAGGAGGUGGGCGUCUGGCUGGAACAGCUGAGUCUGGGGGAGUACAGAGACACCUUCAUCCGACACGACAUCCGAGGCUCGGAGCUGCUGCACCUGGAGAGGAGGGACCUGAAGGAUCUGGGGAUAUCGAAAGUGGGUCAUAUGAAGAGAAUUCUCCAGGGAACUAAGGACCUGGCCAAGGCCUCCAUGGUUGACCUCUAACCCGAAAGCAGACGCUACCGGAGAGGGGAAGCAAAACGUCGCCCUCGCAUCAGUGGAAGAGUUUGGCAGCACCGCAGGCAGUGAAGGAGAAGAUGGGCGUUCCAGGAGAGCUGGAUUUCAUCCUCUCUGCUGAGAAAAGCCUUUGUGAUGUUGUGAACAUGAGACAUUGUGGUGUUUGUGCUUUGGUGCCAAAAUGACUGAAGAGAAAGCGGAUGGAAAUGAAAUCAUGGAUCUUAUCAACAAACACAAAGAAAAGCCAUUUCUACGUUAAUAACCAUUCAUAGCACGCAAUCAGGUAUGCAAAUAACCAUACUGACAGUCCACUUGUUGUUUGAGUUGUGAUUUAAAAAUAACUAGUAGCAAAACCAGGACUUCCAUGAGUGUGGGAUUCAGUGUCAGCGUGUCAGUGGAGGGGGGGGGGGGGGGGGGUGCAGGAUCUCUGCCUCACAUCAGCUGCAGAGCAUCCUGUGGGGUUGAGGCAGGAGAUAAAGUGGUAACAUCCCCGUCUCUAGGUGUUAAUCUGGAAGGGGUGGUGUCUGAAAACAGUGGGAUACUGUCGCAUGCUAUGCUUGCUCGACUUUACAUAAUGUUUAAUUGCAUGAUUAGUGUCUUGAUUUUGUUUGUGUGCAAAAUAACACUUGAACAAGUUUUACACGACUUAAGUAUUACGAUGCCAUGUGUUACUACUGAAAGCAUCCUUUUGGUCUAAAUCCUACUUUAGUUUCUAGCUUUAAUUUAUUUUGUUUGCAUGAUGAUGAUGAUGAUGAUGAUGAUGAUGAUGAUGAUGAUGUGUCAAAGAGUUGUGCCAUACUUUCAGUCAUUUAGUGUGAAAUGUGCUUUAUUAGUAGAAGUCAUAAUAAGCUUGUUUUGAGAAGCUGUUUAUUAGAUAUGGAGUUUAUAUCCGUCAGUUGACACGUUCUUAGUGGAUGUGAAAUCAAAGUGAAUGUCGAAGAAGAAAACAUCUGAUGACUUUGUCGCACCUCUUAAUUGAAUAAGCCGUUAGGUCUUAGUAGUUAAUCCCAUUUAAGGAGAAGAGUUUAGUGUUAGUUAGUGAGGAAGCUCUCGAGCCAACACUCGUUUUUAAGGAACACUUAAACGGCACUUUUUACUUCUUGCUUCAUGCAAGUGCAAACACUCAUAUCAUGACAUAGAGUUAAUUCACCUCAACUUUUUAAUGGCAAUUUAACACAAAUGAGAAGUUAGAGUUUUAUGUAACAGCAGUUGACCUGCAGCGCGUUGCUCAAGUGCAGAUCUCUUCAAGUUACAAGUGAUAGAACUUGUUAGUUUCUUCUAAGACUGUUGGCAUUACAGGGUAUAUUUCUAUAUGUGAUGCUAAGUUUGUACAUACAUAUAUGCACUGUAUAUACAGUAUACCAGUGUAUGCAAACAAUGUUUGUACGUGUUGUAGUGCAUUUGUAGAUUGCUGACAUGGCAUGCAUUGUCAACAGCUUACACAUUUGAUUGUGUAUAUUACACCAUAACAAUUGUGUAUUGUUGAGUUCUAAUCUCUUGUACAUGAUAAUGCUGUUGUAUUCUUAUGAUGGUGCAAUAUUUUAUCUCUUGUUUUGAUACUGUCUCUGCAGCUUUCUCAGUGCAGGGGGGGGAAAACCUUCAAAGAGUAUUUUGUACACGUACUCCUCCUCCAGGUUUGGGGAUUAGAUUUUAAAAGUUAGGCCCGUAGUCAGACUGCUUUUUCUUAUGGACUCCAGAUUUCUUCCAGCGGUUCAGUAGUUGGUAGUUUUGCUCCUCUGUGCUUCCAGGAUGAUACUAAAGUAGGACUGUGUCAGUGAAUGAGUAGAGUGGGCGGACAUGACUGUUGUGUUACCAUGUAAUAUGUAUCACAAUGUAUUUGUGUGCGUUCGGGUGCGUCUCCCACAACAGUGGCAUAUUGUACCUUAUCAGCAAUUGUAUACUUACCGUUGCCAACUAACUUUAUCACGUAAGUUUAACUCUGACGGUUUCCCCCUUUGGAGUAUAAUCUGUCGCUUGUGUGUUUAAUUCUGCCUUCUCCCUCUAACAGUAAUACGUCUUCUGUUAAGACUUAGUUUAAAAGUAUCCUGAAUAAUAAUAGAGUAAUAGUGAAGCAGCGUCUGUCACAUCCCACCAGAGGGCGACAGCCCCCGACUCACACUGUCAAACAUUGUUUUACUGCUUAGCUGACAAUCAGCUGCUCUGUGCUCAAUAUACUGCAGCGUUGCUCAUCAGCAGGCAGAAAUCAAUACACCUGUCAAUUAGAGAUGUUUCAUGCAACUCAUAGCCAAAGAUGGGUUAGUAAACCACACAUUUAUAAACGUCAGAUAUUCUUUCCCGCUGUGUUGCACCACUGCCUGACUGAAGAUCGUUUAAUGUGCAGAACUCUGCCUUUGUCUUUUUAUUCAGUCCGUUCAUUGUUAACUAUUUAAUGACAUUUGGCCUUUUGCUGGCCAGAAACUCUACAUAUACGUUUCUGUCAGUAUGUGCUUUAAAUGGAGCAGUAUAGUAGAACUGCUGUACGCUGCCUUGUUCCUGCAGUGCUCAUUAACUUUGGCCUCACUUCCAUUUAAUCUCCAUCACGCCGGUCACUGACUGAGUCCACUCACACUGCUCUCCCUGCUGUCUGUGUUUCCCACGUGUCUGCUGGCUUCUCUAAAUCUCCAGUCUUUUGGCCCCAGACUCCGGGCGGGAGAAUGCUUGACCUUUUCCAUACAAAGUGGAAGUAGCCCACCUUUCUCCCUUGCUGUGUUUUCCAGUGGUCUGUAAAUAAUGCUGCAAACUGCCUGGUUUUCAAAAAACCACCAAAACCCAUGCAAGGAUCUGUAAAAGACAGGAUAAACAUUUAGUCUUUGACGUGGUUCCUAUAAAGUGAGGGGAGAAAAGUGAGUUUCAUUUGUUUACAUUAUGUUUACAAUGGCACAGUUUUAAUUUUCAAGAAUAUAUAUGUAGGUAUAAACAAUAUUUGCAUAUUUAUUGCCUAAGGUUAACUGACAUGGUGUGUAUUGUGUUUUCACAUUUGGAAUAUAAUGUUACAGUUGUCAUCUGUAUUACUAUCUGGAUGAUUUUGGUAAAGUAGUUGAUCAUUUCUAUGACUACUAAGUGACUGUUUUCUGUGCCUUUUUAUGGUUAGAAUGCAUGGUUAACUAUUUAUUACAAUUUGGAGUCACUGAGAUGUGUAUUUUUGUAUUCUUAAUAAAUAAAUGGUUCAGCUUUUGUUGUACAUUUGUAAGGUGCCUUAAAACAGGCUACCUAUUCAUAUCUCUCUUCUUCAAUAAAACCAAAUACAUAUGCAGAGUG